CUCUGAACCGAACUGUCUGAAGUCUCUGCGGCACAGUCUCCGUGUGAAGGAGCCUGAACAUGGGCCGCUGUCUGUCGCGGCGACGCGUCUCGUUAAUUCCGCUUUUAAUUGAGUUAAUUGGCUGAUGAGUAAGAGCGACGGCGGCGAGCCUCGGCCGCUCCCAGAUGUGGAACUGGGCGUCUGUGUGGUAAGUUGGCCAAAAUACCCGCUUUGACUGAAAUAUGAACCGCAUCCGGCCUGGCUGACUGUAUUUUAGGAUGUUUUACAUCGCCAGGCAGCACAAAGACACGUUAACGGGACUCGGAGCAGAUGUCUGCGCCCCGAGGAACAACAAGAAGACGGAGCGACGUUGCAGGAGAAGGAAGACGCCGAGACGCUACGAAAGCGAUUAGCAGAUUAGAGCCGCAGCCGGAGGGGAUCCGCCGGAGGAGGUGAAAAAGAGAGAAGCGGUCCCGGGGUGAUCCGGCUCCGUCGCCCGGAUGGAUUUAGCCUCAGCGGCUGAAAAUGGAUGAGCCGAGGGGGGAAGAGGGAAGCAGAGGAGGAACAAGAGGAGAAGCAGCAGCGGAGCCGCAGUGAAACAGGCCCCGCCAUGUCAAAAACCUUUUUGCAUGUUUUGUUUGAAGUGAGCAGCGCCGAGCUAUGGCUGAAGAUGUCUGUGGACUCUGAUAAGUCCUGCGUUCUGCUGUCGUCCAGGGACUCCAGGACGUCCUGCGUCUUCCAGACCGCCGAGGAGAAAGAUGACAUCCCGGGGCUCGGAGACGAGAGCGUCCUGGAGAUGCUGAGCUACUCCAAGUUCUCCGACCUGGAGACAUGGCUGUGUAUGCCGUCCACGCUGCUGCCCCGGGCCCUGGAGUCCAGCCGGACCUCCUCCGCCUCCUCCUCCCCGGCCUCCAACCGCUCGUCCAACCCGGGCUCCGCCUCCUCCUGCUCGCCGGGCUCCAACUCCCGCCUGUCCACCUGCAGCGAGACGGGAGAGGCCGACACGCUGCUCAGGCCGGCCCACAGCGACGCCUCGCUCCUCAGCUCCGUCCUGGGCAGAGACGCCUCCUUCCUGACCUCCACCCCCGACGCCGCCGCCCUCGCCUCCGCCGCCUCAGCGGGAGACGGCGCCCUGGGAGGCGGAGUCAGCGUGAGGAAGCGCCGCCGGCUCGCCGCCAGCCCCGGGGGACUGCACUGGAACGCCGCAGGCUCUGUGCAGCGCGACUUCUGGACAUCCGACCUGUCCCCCGUGUCAGGAGGAGGAGGAGGGGGCGGGGGGAUGAAGGGCCUCCCCCUCCCCCUCCCCGUCCCGCUGGCGGACGGGGGCGGGGCGGCGGCGUGGGCCGGGGGCGAGCGGGCGGCCCUGAGGAAGACGGUGUCGGUGGACGAGCGGCUGCUGCAGCCGGCGGGCGGAGAGCCGCGGCACACGAGGCUGCUGAGCCGCCUGGAGAGAGGCAGGAAGAAACUCAGGAGCCUCCAUAGUCUGGGGACGACAGGCAGAUACGACACCAGAAAAAAAUCGGACAGUAAGAUCUCGCGGCUGGCCCAGAGGUGGAACCAGGGGCCGGCGUCAGGAGAUGCUCUGAUCCGAGACCUGAGACCCCUGUUUUACGCGGGAAGCCCCCGAUCCUCACACAGCCUGGACAGCAGAAGCUUCCCGGCCGGUAUGACCCAGCAGAUGCAGAACCUGCAGCUGUCCCAGACCAGGAAGUGCCCCGGCGGGCCGGCCUCCCCCAGCGCCGCCAAGCGCCUCUACAGGAACCUGUCGGAGAAGCUGAGAGGAAGCACCUCCUCCUUCGAAGAUGCCUACUUCUUCGGGAAGUCGGACCGCCUGCGCAAAGCCUCGACGAUGCAGGGCAGCGACUGUAUCUUCGAGGCGGUGGAGCAGCAGGACCUGGACGCCGUGCAGAUCCUGCUCUACCAGUUCAGCGCCGACGAGCUGGACCUCAACACGCCCAACAGCCAGGGCCUGACGCCGCUCGACAUCGCCAUCAUGACCAACAACACGCCCAUCGCCAAGCUGCUGCUCAAGGCCGGCGGCAAGGAGAGCCCGCACUUUGUGAGCGUGGCGAGUCGGGAGGCCCACCUCAGCUCCCUGGUGGUGGAGGCGGAGCGGCGGGCGGCCGACCUGGCGGCCCAGGCGCAGCGUGACGGCCUGUCGCUGGAGGCCUGCCACAAAGACAAGCAGCUGCGCGCCUGGGAGUGGAGGAGCAAGCUGUACAAACGCAUGCGGACCGGCUUCCAGCACGCACGUGCGCCGGAGGCCCCGUCCAUGGUGCGUCUGAGCGUGAGCAGCAGCACCUCGCUGAGCGUCACCUUCCAGGAGCCGCAGUGCCUCAACUCCACCGUGGUGACCAAGUACAGAGUUGAGUGGAGCUGUUUGAAAGAUUUCUCGCUGCUUGCCGGAGAGACGGUGUUGGACAACCUUCAGUCGCUCAAGUGCACCGUCAACGGCCUCACAACGGGGCGGCUGUAUUACGUCCGUGUGUCGGCCUAUAACAUGAAGGGCUGGGGUCCGCCCGCCUCCUCCCUGCCUCCGUCUGCUGCUCCCUCCAACUGGAGGGAGAGCGACGGUCGCGAGCCGAGGAGGCGUGGCCACGUCGAGGCCAUGGAGCGUCUGCUGCAGCAGGUCCGCGCCACACACACACACUACUGCUGCGGAGACUCGUCGAAGCUGCAGAACCCGAGCAGGAAGCAGUCGGUGUCCCGGAGCCUCAAACACCUCUUCAACUCCUCCAACAAGUUUGUGAAAACACUCAAAAGGGGGAUUUACCUGGCAGCCGUCUUCUACCACAAGGACAGUCUGCUGGUGACGGCGGAGGACCAGAUCCCCAUCGUGGAGGUGGACGACUCCUACAGCAGCUCCCUCAUGCAGGACUUCCUGUGGUUCACGAAGCUGUCCUGUAUGUGGGAGGACGUCCGGUGGCUCAGACAGAGCAUGUCGGUGUCGAUGUCGUCGUCCUCCACCCUGCAGGCCAGGCACAAGAUGCUCACCGCCGCCGGGCAGCUUCAGAACCUCCUCGGGACGCACAACCUGGGCCGCGUGCACUACGAGCCCAUCAAGGAUCGCCACGGCAACGUGCUGCUGGUGACCAUCCGCGACACGGAGAGCCAGCACUCGUUCUUCAGCGGGAAGUGGAUGCAGGUGACCAAACUGCAGAGCCAGAGGAAGAGCCUGUCCACACCCGAGGAGCCGUACGCGCUCGACGUCCUCAUCAUCACCAUGCAGGACAUCCUGGCGUACCAGCGGCGCAGCACGCACCGGCUGGCCCCGGGCCUCUACCUGGGCUACCUGAAGCUCAGCAGCUCCGUGGACCAGAUCAAGGUCCUGGUGUCCCAGAAGACGCCCAACAUGCUGUGCCACACGCGCAUCCGGGACAACGCCAACGUCUCCAGGGAGGAGUGGGACUGGAUCCAGACGCUGUCGGCUGCCGGCGAGAAGGAGAGGACGGGGGAGGAGAGCGAGGGGGCGGAGCCACUGGCGGAAAGCCACGCCCCCCUGCUGUACUACGAGCUGCAGACGGCCAUCAAAUCCCUGCUGAAACACAUCAACCUACCUCUGCACCAGGCCCGGCACUUCCGGCUCUACAGUCAGGAGGUGGUGGAGCUCGGUCACGGCGUUACCUUCCUGCUGCUGCUGCCGGCGGCCGACGACGUCUGCACCGCCCCGGGACAGGCCAACCCCUACACCCCCCUGUCCGGCUUCCUGCACCUCCCGCUGCAGAUGUUCGAACUGGUCCACUUCUGCACCUACAAAGAGAAGUUCAUCAGCCUGUACUGCCGUCUGUCCUCCGUCCUCGACCUGGACGCGCUCAUUACCCAGCAGGCACUGCGGGAGGCCAUCACUGAUAGCGAGGUGGCCACGGCCAAGCAGAGGCACCAGCUCAUCCUGGACUACAUACAGCAACUGGACGAGAUGUGGCGUGAUCUGCGCUGGAUCACGGACGCCCUGCAGUACGCCCGCUACAAGCAGCCCCGCGGCGGCGUGCCCGUCACCUGCCUGGUGGACGCCAGCGCUCCGGAGAGCGACUCCGGCCAGCAGAAGACCGACUCCACCUCUUCGACCAUGGACUACCUGCCCACGCCUUCGCCCUCGCCUGAGCUCCGCAGGAGGAAGGCCGUCAGCGACCCCCAGCUGGGCUCAGAUGAAGACGGCUCCUCAGAGGUUUUCCUGCCGACUGACAGCGACUACGACUCCAGCGACGCCCUGAGCCCCCGCGAGUUGGACCUGCUCUACUCGCCGCCGCAGGAUUUUUCCCAGCAGGCCGUGCACUCGCUGGGCGGCAGCGCCCCGGAUGUGCUCCAGAUCCAUGAGAUCAGGUACAGCGUCUGCCCCCCCAAAGACCUCCCCCUGUCCUCCACGGUGAAGGAUCCCCACUCUCCAUUACUCUCUAAAGACAGUCCUCUCUCCCCUUGCCUCCUCCCUCACUCCCCGUCUCUAUCCAAAGACCUCCCUCUCUCUACCUCCAGCCUGCCUCGCUCUCCUUCGUUCUCCAAAAACCUCCCCCUCUCCCCGUCCUUCCCCAUUUCUCCCCGGUUGUCCAAAGACCUGCCCUUCUCCCUGCCCCUCUCUCCGGUGCUGUCGGACACCACCAAGACCCUGGAGGGCCUCUCGCUGUCCAAGAGCCACCAGGACAGCAAGCCGCCCGCCACGCCUCUGCGGGUGCUGGCCAACCCCCCGGCCAAACGCAAACUGCUUUCCAGGAGCCAUGGUGGUCAGUACUUCAGCGGGCCCCAGCGCUGGCUCAGGGGCCACAGCAAUGAGAGCCACACCGGAUCCUUGUCCGAAGGCGUCUACACCAAGCAAAGGGACCCGGACCUGCCGCUACCUGGAGAUCUACCCUCCCCACAGGGCACGACUUACAUCAGCCAAGCCUCUUGCAUCCUGGAAAGCCAAAAGGGCCGACACAGGGAGCCGAGGCCUCACGUUCGUAGAAUCUUCGUGGAACCCUGCAAGGAACUGUCGCCGAACCACGAGAACAGGUGCUGGAGGGAAGAGGAGGAGGAAGAGGACGGAGGAGAGAUGAGAGAACCAGUGAAAGCUGCAGGGGUGUCGGUGGUGGUGGCGGAGGCGGAGUCUGGAGGGGAAGAGGAGGAGCCGGAAGGAGCUGCCGCACAAGAUGUAGACUCGGACGACCAAACGAACGCGCAGGUUUCGGAGAUACUCAGUAGCACGCUCUAGGUUUGGACAGUUAUCGAGGAAGCAAGGCAUUAAUUGGAUGGCAGAAAGGUACAAAACACUUUUGGACAGUUGGUAAUUAAAGCUGCACUAGGCAAAGUGUUCAUGUAAAGAAAAAUUUGACUAUUUUUUCAUCCUAAUCACAAAGUUGGCCUGUAAUGUCGGGACAUCCCAUUGCUCCUAACUGAACCACUAUAGAUUUACUCUGUUCACUCAAAAGAUAUUCUGCCGUUGAGUUUGGACACUAGUGGGAAAUCCAAACCUGAGAGUGAAAUAUGAAACUUUCUCAUCAAAAAAAGAAAGCAAGUGCUCUUUCCAGAGAAAGCUGGACUCAUCACCAACAGGGGAAUGUCUUUACCCCCUUGCCCCCACCACCCACUAAGGAGAUGUAGGUCCAUGGACUGUGUUGGAUGUUUUAUGAUCUUUGGGUGAUGAAGUCCUUCAAACGUUCAAAAAUUCUCAGCUCUCUCCCUUGGGGUUGCUGAAGUGCGAAGUUACUCGGAAAUUGCCUAGUGUAGCUUUAACAGAGCGGCUUGCUUCAGGUUCGAACGUCAGCCUGUGAUGUGUUUAUAGAUCUCCAUCGUCGCUGCCUCAUUCGCCUCACCGUCAUCCGAUGUCUGUCUCUGCACCGCCGUGACACGUGGCCGGGCAUGCUCCACAUGUGACUGACCAGCCCUCAGACCUCUCUGUAGAUUGUAGACUAAACUGAAGUUGCUGGUUCAACUCCGCCAAGCCUCAGAACCCAUGGCACCGACUGUUACGAUGAAAAUAAUCAAUGCAAUGAGAAACCAAGCACUGCUUCUCCAACCGGAAACUUUGCACAUGACUCUGUACGUCGACCAAAAAAGGCGAUUUGAUUGUGGCACGGAAAGGCAUUCAAAUGUUGCUUUGUUUUGUUUUGUUUUGUUUCUUUUCUUUAGUUCACAUACAGAUAUUAUAUUGAAUUCCUGAAUUGUUGACAGCGAACAUCAAUGCUUCCUCCAGAAGAUUAGCAGUUUUCGUGCCCCCACGUUUUCAGAGCAUGGAUUCUCCACCACUUGAAGUGAAUGUACAGUUUAGUCUGUUUCUUUGUGGUCUCCUGUGAUUAUUGCCUCCUGUCCUGCUUUGACUUAUAAAAUCAAUGUUACUUUGAGCUCUGAUUGGGUCUCAAUGUGGUCUUAUAGCAACUUAAAAAAAAAAAAAGAAAGAAAAAGAAAUCCCCCACAUUCCCUUGUCCCAAAAAAUCGUGACCUGCCUCAGUCACGAAACAC